AGUGUAUCCUUGCGAAUUUGAGAAUUCCGACUACACAUGAAAAGCAGCAAAAUAUGGACAAGUAUGACCUCUUUCUAUGCUUCCUAGUGACCGUGCAUAUUAUGCUGUGUCCUUUUACCAAGGUUGAAGAGAGCUUCAAUCUUCAGGCAACUCAUGACAUUAUGGAAUAUGGAAUGGGUCCAGAGUCCUUGAAAAAAUUCGACCAUUUUGAGUUUCCGGGUGUUGUCCACCGCACCUUUGUUGGACCCUUGCUCUUGAGUGGAGCCAGCUGGCCUACUGUCAAAACACUGGAGAUAUUUUUCCCUGACUUUGACAAAUUCUUUCGUCAAUAUGUGGUACGCUUUUAUCUUGGUCUAUCUGGGAUUUUUGCUCUUUCUAAACUUCGUUUAUCGAUAUCAACAUCAUUUGGGCGACAAGUCUCUGUCGCCUUUGGUAUAUUAAGCGCGUGCCAAUUUCACACCAUAUUCUGGGCCAGCAGACCAUUGCCAAACAUUUUUGCGUUUCCAUUAGUGAUUCUUGCCUUUUCUCAUUGGGUCUCGGCCGCUUCUCCUUCCGAUGAUUCCAACGAACAUCUGCUCUCGUCGAUCCGAUAUAUCACUUUUGCAAUGGUGAUAUUUAGAUUCGAGCUAAUUCUACUGUUGGCCUCAAUUGUGCUUUUGGAAUUAUGGUUGGGGAAUUUAAAGUUUUUUGAUGCCUUGAGAGUUUUCUCGUCUACGGCGUUGGUAAGUUUGGGAUUGUCUACGAUAAUCGACUCUUACUUUUGGCAAGAGUUAACGUGGCCGGAAGGAUCCGUCUUUUAUUUUAAUAUCGUUCUUGGAAAGAGUGUCGAAUGGGGUGUUCUUCCCUUUCAUGCUUAUUUCACUUCUUUUCUUCCGCGUCUUCUUCUAACGUCCGGACCGUUGAGCGUACUUUCUGUCUUCACCGAUGCACGCACACGGAGAUUCUUGUUACCCAUGCUAAUCUACCUGGUCGGAUUUUCCCGUCUUGAGCACAAAGAAUGGCGUUUCAUCGUUUACGUGGUUCCCAUUUUUAAUAUGUGCGCAGCUAUGGGAUGGGUAUCCAUGCGAAGGAAAGGGUUUAAAUUUAUAAAUCGUUUCAUCAUUGUUCUUCUCCUGUUAAGUUUUCUCGCAAGUAUAGCUAUUAUGUUCAUAUCGAGCAUCAAUUAUCCCGGUGGUGUGGCUUUACAAAGGAUACAUCUGAUACAAAAGGAAUAUUCAUCGGCUCGUAUACAUCUCGACGUAUAUACGGCGAUGACCGGUGCUUCUCGAUUUGGCCAACUACGUAAUGACUGGGAGUAUUAUAAGAACGAGACACAUUCCUCACCCGCCGACUACCUGCAUUACACGCAUCUUUUAACGUCGGAUCCCGAGAUGCAUGAGGGAAACUUCAGAAUCAUCGAUAUCGUGGAUGGUUAUGCCCGAGUUCAGGUGGUGAAUCCAAAUCAUCUCGUGCGCAAUUGGCUCAAUUUCGAUUUUGGUCGCACAAACAGAACGUUGGAUUCUCUGUUGCCGGUGAAAAUCCUUACCGAACAAAAGAUCUGGAUAAUGAAAAGGAAAUUUCAAAAUUGA